AGCCGACACACAUUACUUCCUACAAGCCUGGCAACUUCCUCUACACGUAUAGCAAUAUGGCGGUGUGUUAAUGAAUCAAUUGAAAAGCGCUGUUUGUUUACAAGGACUGAAUUAAUUGCUUGUUUAUCGAUCGCCGGGCACCAAAAAUAGAAUCCCACUCAAUAUUUUAUUAAUUUAAACAACAUUCUACUUUAUUUUUCACCCCGUGAAAAUGAUGCAUAACUCUUCUCCCUUUGAAAUCGGGAACGACUUGUUUAUACAUCUAUGACGCUGAAUAUGACUGUUCUAGGUCUUUUUUCCCAAUAAUGACUGCAAAUACCACUGAAGAACCAGACACAUCUCAUCACAUUCAACAAAAUCUCUGCACAAACCGCCCACUUUAUCGCCAAGGCAAAAAACUAACAGCUGUAAAAGUCUACACUGUAACAUCAGAAUCGCAACACUUGUACAUCUAUGGUGUACCAAAAAUAAACCUUCGAAAUGAAUUGAAAUCUCUCUGCACAAAAUAUGGACAACUAAAUACAAUCCAUGUUGUGGAAAAUGUGGAAACAGAAGCAUUUACUGAAUGUUACCAUGUUUCAUACCAAAGAAUCCAGUCAGCAAGAAUAGCAAAGAAGUUAUUGGAUAACAAAUCAUUCUAUGGUGGAGUAUUGCAUGUUUGUUACACACCUGAACAUGAAACCAUCCAAGAAUUAAAAUAUAAAUUAGAGCAGAGGAAUUAUGAUGUACUUAAAAGACUGCAUGGAGAACACAUUCCAAGACCUAGCUUUAAAGAAGUCACACAAAGUUUAAGUGGAACUGGAUCUUCUAAAGAAGUUAAUAGGAAAAGAAAAAGACCAGCUGUGGAAAUCACUGAAGAAAGAAUGGCUGGUGUGGAUCCAAUGGUUGCAUGGAUGAAUGUUCCAAAAGAACUGGAUCCAAGGAUAAAAACAGUUGAGUCUAACAAUGCACAGCCAAAUAAACAUUAUAAACUUGACACAGAGAGUACAAAUGAGAGUGAUGUUAAAAAAGUAAGAAUAGCCAUCAAAACAAGACAAGUUUAUGGACCUCAAUUACCAACAGAUAUAAUAUUAAACCAGGGAGAUGAUUUUGAUGAUACAACUGAGAAAAAUGAAAGUUGUAAAACAUUCACAGAUGGUAAUAGAGUGUUAGUACCCACACAAGUUGUAUUAUCAAAGGAAUUUAUUCAUCAGGAUAAGAAAAUGAAGAAACAAAAUAGAAUUGUGUUUCGAAAGACAUUCAAAGAUUGAACGUAGGCAACCCACAAUACACAAAAUAAUAACCAAUUAUUUUUACAUGACACAAA